GGCGCUGUGCCCUGGCUCCCUGCCCCUCUCUCUCUGCCUCUCACGGGAUGCGGGGGUGGGGUAACACAGGGUUUUGGGGCUUUUCCAGAUAAAAAAGCUGAUUCAGUGCAGAGCUCCAGCACAGAGGAAGCCGGUCUCAGAGCUGAUCCCACCAGGCUAGCACAGAGCAGGGAGAGGACAUCAAGGCACUGCCCGGACUGCAAUACCCCAUCCUGGUAUUUACCCCUCAGACCGCUAUUUACCCCUCAGCCUGGUAUUUACCCCAUAAGCUGGUAUUUAGCCCUCAGCCUGGUGUCGUCCCCCAGGGAUCCUUUGCCAUGCUGUGGUUCCGCGCUGCGGUGUUGUUCUCCUGCGGAGUUCCUGCAGCUCUGUUCCCAUCUGCCAACUCUCCCGGGCAGCGGUGCCCUGCACGUUGUGACCCGUCCUCCUGUGCUCCUGCCCCCGCCAGCUGCCCAUCCGGGGAGACCGCUCUGCGCUGCGGCUGCUGUGCUGUGUGCGCGGCAGCAGAAGGAGAGCGCUGCGGGGAGGGCGCAGGGGAUCCGCUCUGUGCCUCUGGGCUACGCUGUGCGAAGAGCGGGGGGCAGCGGAUCUGUCAGUGCUCCUCUACCCAACCCGUGUGCGGCAGUGACGGCAAAACAUAUGGGAACCUGUGCCGGUUACAGGCUGAGAGUCGGACGGUUCAGGCAAAGGGGUCUGCGGCCAUUAUCCCCAUCCAGCGAGGGGACUGUCAGCAAGGUCAGAAGGAUCCUGACAGCCCACGGUACAAAUACAAUUUUAUUGCUGAUGUUGUGGAGAAGAUUGCGCCAGCUGUCGUGCACAUCGAGCUGUUCCGCUUACUUUCUUUCUUCAAAAGAGAGGUCCCAGCUGCCAGUGGCUCCGGUUUCAUAGUAUCAGAGGAUGGAUUGAUAAUUACCAAUGCUCAUGUAGUGACCAACAAAAAUCGUUUAAAGGUGGAGCGCAGUGAUGGGUCAACCUAUGAUGCCAAAAUAAUUGAUGUGGACGAGAAGGCAGAUAUUGCCCUUAUCAAAAUCAAGCCAAAGGGAAAGUUGCCGGUGCUGCAGCUAGGGCGCUCAGAGGACCUCCGUCCAGGAGAGUUUGUGGUGGCCAUAGGAAGUCCGUUCUCCCUACAAAACACCGUUACUACUGGCAUUGUGAGCACAGCACAGCGUGGAGGAAAAGAACUGGGUUUGCGCAAUUCUGACAUGGAAUAUAUCCAGACUGACGCUAUAAUCAAUUAUGGGAACUCCGGAGGACCCCUGGUGAAUCUGGAUGGUGAAGUGAUUGGCAUAAAUACGCUAAAGGUUACGGCUGGGAUAUCUUUCGCUAUUCCAUCUGAUAAAAUCCGCAAGUUCCUGGCAGAGUCACAUGACAGGCAAUCUACAGGUCAAAGCAUUAGGAAAAAGAGAUAUUUGGGAAUAAGGAUGAUGACAUUGAACCAAAGUAAAGUGGAAGAACUCAGGAAGCAGCAGAAAGAUUUCCCAGACGUGGCAUCAGGAGCUUAUAUUGUGGAAGUGCUUCCUGACACCCCAGCAGAAGAGGCUGGACUGAAGGAAAAUGAUAUAAUAAUCAGUGUUGGUGGGAAAACCGUAACUUCUAGCAACGACAUCAGCGAUGCCGUUAAACAAGAGGGCACUUUACGGCUCUUGAUACGACGCGGCAAUGAGGACAUUCCUGUCACAGUGACACCCAAAGAAAUAGACCUUUAAUGGGAGAUAUGAGCUGGUUUCAUGCGUCUUCCAAACAUUUCUGCAGUGUAUAAAAACUGAAUGAUGACAUUUUGCUUUUUGCUCCUGAAAGUUAAAGAAAUAGUCAAAAUUAAACUUUCAUGAUUCAGAUAGAGCAGC